AAUUUUGGCGCGGUGAAAUGCGUGUUGUUUCAUAGUUUCAAACUCAUCAACAUACAACAAAUUCUUCAAAUCUACACAACAAUUUCAUAAAAUUCAGAAGAUGGAAGACGAUCCGUUCGAUUUCGAAUCGGAUAUCCUACUCGCCACUUCACCCGUUGUCGCCCCUAAGCGAAAGAAAAAAGUGCUUGGAUUGGAUGAUUUGCUAGUGGAUCACUACAAGGAGAAGAAUAGAGUAGCCGAGAGAGAAUCUAAGUUGGCCAAGACUAAAAGGUCUUACAAUUCGGAUGACGAAGAGGACGGUCGUGUCGCUAAAUUGUCGAAAUAUGUCGACGAAUGUCACGAGAAGAUGACUCAACUAGGUGAUGAAGAUGAUGUAUCCCAUUGGGGUCUUCAAGUUUUUGGGAAACAGAAAACCCCACAAUCAUUUGCAUUUAGUGAGCUUUCAAGUUGCUCACUUUUUCGUUUGUGUGUGGACCAUGAAGUGAACUCACUGGUUGAACUUAGUACCGAAUCAGGAGAAACGUUCUUUGAAGGUUUGUUGACUAAUGGCUGGCUAUUGAAAUUGGUCAGUAAAUGCGGCGAAGUAGAGAAAUCCAUAGCGAAAUGGACUUUCCAUUUGAUGUUAUACUCAUCAAAGGAAGUACUCAGAAAUGCUGCGGUUGACUUUUGGUGUGCUAUUUUAUCGCUGAAAAACGAGGAUGAGUCAACGUCUAUAAAGAUUGAUUGGCUACCAAGCUAUUCAGAACUCAACGGUGCUCUUGAAACUUUCGGUUUCGUAUUUCAUUCACCUACUAAAGAUUCUUCUGACACUGAAAUGUUAUUUGGAGAUUCUGAAGGCAGUGAAGCACCUCAAAACGUUAGAACAUGGAUUAAAUACGUAGCUGCUUGUAGCCACUCUAGGAAUAUUCAUUGUACUUUUACCACAUCAGAAGCAGAAGAGCUGUUGGUUGUUAUAAUCUGUCUUUUGUUAGAUCGACAGUUACUAGGGUUAUCCGUAGAAUUAAACGAAUGCACGCUAGCUUUAGUUAAUUUCUUCACGGAUGAUGAAUGGAGAUUCAGCUGUGUACAAGUGGCAAAAUCAGUAGCUUCAAGGGUUCCGAAGGAUAUGAAUAGCUUGAGGGCUGUUGAAUGUAUUUCUGUGGUUCAUGGGCCCACCAAGCUUCUCAGAAGUGAAAUCGCGUUCCGUAUUCUUCUUGGUUGUUUCGACAAGGUAGAAGAUGAAGAAGAGGUCGUUAGGCAACUGACGUUAAUCAAUUUAAAAGACAAAAGUUGUGAUCUUUUUAAAGUCUACAUUUAUUUAGUGUUGACGGAAAACUGGUUUUUAUACAACCCGUUAUUGGAAGACAAGCAGUUAUUGAAUGAAAUGUGGGGUCUGUUUCUCCGAAAUUGUUCUUGCCAAAUCAACAUCACAGACUCUAGGUCUUACGCUCCAAAGGUUAGGAGUAAAGCUUCGUAUCUUCUUCAAGGCACUACUGAUUGAUUAGUGUAGUUUUGGUCAUGCUAGUUGGGCAAUGGGUUUAAUCUGUUGAAGUGGUUAGAGUCAAACAGUGAACCGUUUAAUCUGUACCGGUUUUUGCAUGUAAACAUUGUGCCAUAAUAGGAUGGUGUAUGUUUGUAACCUUUUUAUCGUAUAUAAGGUGGUUGUCGUUAAUGACUAACUAUUGCUUAUUAGUAUGCAAAUCGUUAUGUUUUUU